AUGGCUGCCUCGCCCACCGCUCUCCUCCUGUCCUCACACUCAGGCCAUCCAAAGCUAAGGAACAUCACACCGGUGACAGACGGCAGCUUCACUUUGAAUGUGGACCAUUUUUACCCCAAAGAAAUCUCAGUCACCUGGGAAAUCUUUCAACCUCCUUCAAGUAAAACCCCGCAGAACCUGGAAUCUACAGACGUCAUGCAAGAAAACCCAGAUGGCACUUUUAAUGUGACCAGCACCACUGAAAGCCUCCGAGACAAAGUCAUCGCUGGAGAGGAGUAUACCCUGCGUGCUACGGUGACUCACCGGAAACUGAAGCAUCCGUCCUACAAAGAAUGGACGCCUCAUCAGAACAAAGACAACACACAUUUAAUGUCUUCUCCAGAACUGGGGGAAAUAUUGACACCAAAUCUGACGCUGAACAGCCAGACGCCGCUCCAGUGCACAAUCUCACGUUUUUACCCCGAUAAUCUCACUGUGAACUGGAUUAGGAAAGUAAAGGGUAAUGAGGAAAUAAUGAAGACGUCUGAGAAAUACAAGAUUACACCUCACACGUCACAGCAGCAGCGCGACAAGACAUUUACCUGCACAGCAUGUCUACUGCUCACCCCAUCGCUGGAGGAUCAAGGCGCAGAGAUCAUCUGUAGAGUCGCACAUCCCAGCCUGGAGCAGCCGGCGGAGAGGAGCACAGGACGGAUACAAGUGUGCGUGAAACCUACACUCGACCAUCCCAUACAGCUUUCCAUCGGUGACUCCGGAGAUGUGAUAGCAGCUUUAUCUCUUCUAAAGUUUUAUCCUAAAGACAUAAGGAUCACAUGGAGCGAUGGUCAAUCCCCGGAGAAGAAGCCGUCAGAGGAAAGAGCCGCCGAAAAUCCUGACGGCACCUUCUCCAUUACUACAAGGUGUACAAUCCCCGGGCAGAGCUUUAACGACUUGGAUUUUAAACUGAAAGUGACAUGGAAACAUAAAACAAUGGACCGGGCAGAAAGCAGAGAGAUGUCUGUAAGAGAUGCAGAUUUUCCUUGGCGUCCAAGAAUUGUGGAAAUGACUCCUCUGAUUCUGCAAAUGGGCAAACAGACGGCAGUCACUUGCAAAAUCUCAAUGUUUUUCCCUGAUAACUUGACGGUGAACUGGUACGAGAAGGUUGGGGAAUCUGUAACACCAAUUAUGGAUGGAACUUACAAAAUGUCUAUCAAACCGGAGAGAACUGCUGAUAACCUGCGCUCCUGCUCAGCCUCCUUAUCAUUCAUGGCUCAGUCACAGCCUGAAGACCUCGAAUUUAUCUGCAAAGUUAUACAUCCCAGCCUAAAGGAUCCAAUAGAACGGAGUACGGGGAAAGCCAAGAUGAGGGCUAUUCCGAAGAUGGUGAGGCCGGUGACGUUAACCCCCGGUGCAUCAGACACAGUGACCUGCUCCAUGAGUUUAUUAAAGUUUUAUCCAUCAAGUAUUAAUAUUACCUGGAAUAAUAUGGCAGAUAAUAAACCAAUCCCUUCAACCAGAAAACUUAUCCAGACGGACGAGGAACAGACCUUUGAUGCUACAAGUGAAUGCACAGUUCCCUGGAAAGAUUUCCGCUCUGGAGUGCGAGUGACUUGGGAGCAUGAAUCCCUGACAUCUCCUCAGCAUCACGACCUCCGUGUAACAGAUCUUCCCUGGCGUCCGGUCGUUGAAGAAAUAGAGAAACCCGUUUUCCAUGUGAACACUGAAGCCAGAUUACAGUGUAAAAUCUCUCAGUACUUUCCAAAUGAUCUCACUGUGGCCUGGUACAAGAAGAGGACAAAUUGGGAAUAUGAAAAGCUAAAUGAGAACACUACACCCUCAGCAGAGAGACAGCCUGACAACACGUACAGCUAUACCGCCAGCCUGGUAGUCAGACCAUCCAUACAAGACCAUGAUGGAGCAGAGAUCAUCUGCAGAGUGCAGCAUCCGAGCUCAGGACAACACAUGGAAAUAUCUACAGGUCCAAUACAAGUCUAUGCUUCUCCCAGGAUGCAGGAGCCCAUACGGUGGUCUCUCAGACAGAGAGGAAAAGGUCUCUGUACUCUCAGUUUGCAGGGUUUUUACCCCAAGCCGAUAGAAAUCAAGUGGAGCUGCAGUUCACACAGUGAAGUAACAUCCAGAGAAACCUAUGAAGAGAAUCCAGACUCAACCUACGAUGUGAGGAGUGAGUGCACCGUCACUCAGGAGAAUAUCGAUGACCCCGACUUUAGGAUCAUAGUCACUUGGAGCCACCAAUCCCUGGGUGGACCAGAAAUGAGAGAGAUGUACAUAAGGGACACAGGUCUUCCUUCAAUUCCAGAAGUUGGUAAAAUAAUCACCCCCACAAUUAUAUCGCUAAAUAAAAAACUAACACUGCAUUGUGACAUCAACACAGACAUCAAAACCAAACUGACCGUGACCUGGUAUGUAAAGGAGAGAACAAGCCAUGAAUAUGUCCCUGUAGAAGAGCACAAGAACCAGACUGAGCUCAAGAAAGAGCAACGCUCUGAUUCUGGACACCACUAUAAAGCCUCGCUACAACUUGGUCCAUUACUCAGGCAACAUCAUGGGAUUCAGUUUAAGUGUAAAGUAAAUCACCCAAGUUUGGAUUUCCCUAUAGAAAGGACUACAGGGCCGAUCUUGAUAUCAUUGACUCCGCAGAUGGUGAAGCCGGUGAAGUUAACCCCCGGUGGAUCAGACACAGUGACGUGCUCCAUGAGUUUAUUAAAGUUUUACCCAUCAAAUAUUAAUAUUACUUGGACUAAAAAACAUAAUAGUAAACCAAUCCCUUCAACCACAAAACCAAUCCCGGGGGACAAAGAACAGACCUUUGAUGCUACAAGUGAAUGCACAGUUCCCUGGAAAGCUUUCCGCUCUGGAGUGCGAGUGACUUGGGAGCAUGAAUCCCUGACAUCUCCUCAGCAUCACGACCUCCGUGUAACAGAUCUUCCCUGGCGUCCGGUCGUUGAAGAAAUAGAGAAACCCGUUUUCCAUGUGAACACUGAAGCCAGAUUACAGUGUAAAAUCUCUCAGUACUUUCCAAACGAUCUCACUGUGACCUGGUACAGGAAGACAUAUCGUGGACAUGGAAAGCUAACUGAGAACACUACACCCACAGCAGAGAGACGGCCUGACAACACGUACAGCUGUACCGCCAGCCUGGUAGUCAGACCAUCCAUACAAGACCAUGAUGGAGCAGAGAUCAUCUGCAGAGUGCAGCAUCCGAGCUCAGGACAACACGUGGAGAAAUCUACAGGACCAAUACAAGUCUAUGGUGAUGCCUUCUCCAGUAAAGAGAAGAAGAAGGAAAACAAGAAAUAG